CGAGAGCGAGGCCCAAUUGGCGUUUGGUUAGGUGGUGGAUGGAAAUGAGCGCGAGUGUCUGAGACGUAGCCACGCAACCCCUCUUCCAUCCGCGAAAAGCCACCGAACGCCGUUUCAAUUUUCAAUUUAUACACCAACGAAUCGAAUCUCAGAAGCAGAAACUUUCGGUUACUUAUCGGUGUUGAACGUUAAAGCCAAAAAUGGCAGUUGAAGGAACCAGUUUGGAUUCAAAAGCAGCGACGAUUGUGAUAAAGGAUCUCCGAUUCACUUACCCCGGCAUCGGCGGCCAUCCUCCGCCGGGUUCCACUCCUCUCAUUCAGAAUUUCUCUCUCACUCUCUCUUCCGGCGAACGAUGCCUUCUCGUCGGUUCCAACGGCGCCGGAAAGACGACGAUCCUGAAGAUACUAGGAGGGAAGCACAUGGUGGAGCCUGACAUGGUUCGCGUGCUCGGCAGAUCGGCUUUUCACGACACCAAUUUAGUAUCUUCUGGUGACCUCUGUUAUCUUGGCGGCGAGUGGAGGCGAGAUGUUGCUUUUGCAGGGUUUGAGGUUCCGAUACAAAUGGACGUUUCUGCUCAAAAAAUGAUAUUUGGUGUGGCUGGGAUUGAUCCUCAAAGAAGAGCAGAAUUAAUCAAGGUAUUAGAUAUUGAUCUUUCCUGGAGAUUGCAUAAAGUGUCUGAUGGUCAAAGAAGAAGAGUGCAAAUUUGUAUGGGUCUCCUCAAACCGUUCAAGGUUCUUCUUCUCGAUGAGAUAACAGUUGAUCUUGAUGUUCUAGCGAGAGCCGACCUUCUGAGGUUUCUAAGAAAGGAAUGUGAUGAGAGGGGUGCCACUGUUAUCUAUGCAACACAUAUAUUUGACGGUCUCGAGGAUUGGCCAACAAAUAUAGUUUAUGUAGCCCAUGGAAGGCUGCAACUAGCAAUGCCUAUGGACAAAGUCAAAGAAAUUAGCAAAUUGUCACUAAUGAGAACAGUAGAAAGUUGGCUGCGAAAAGAGCGAGACGAAGACAGAAAGAAAAGGAAAGAGAGAAAAGCAGCUGGGCUUCCUGAAUUUGGAAAGCAAGUUGAGGGAAGCCGUGUAACAGGGGAUCCAGCGCGUGCUGCAGUUCGUGUAGUUAAUAAUGGCUGGGCAGCAGGACGAUUAAAUUCCACCGUUGCUGGUGAGCAAAACUUUAUCCUCAGCUCAAACCGAGUAUUGAGGCAAUAGAUAAAGUUUCAAAUGCUUUGAGUGAAUAUUUUUGGUGUGUAUUUUUAUUAGCUUCACAGUUGUUCGCAAAAUGUUUUCUUGCAUAUAUAUAAUCCAUCCUUAUGUAGAAAGGAUCAUAACAGGUUAUACCCUUGAAGGCGUCAGGUCAUAUAAAAUGAAAUGUGGCCUUGGUAUUGCAAAUUUGUAACCAUUAUAUGAGAAUAAAGAAAAGCAAUAUUAUCCUCUCUAAAA